AUGAAUCACUUCGGCGCAGGCCGCCGAGCCUCUCGUUCUUUUUAUGGAAAACUCUUCAACGUCGUCCCAGAACCGGAUGCGCUUGAUUCCCAACACUCCCUCGAUCCCAUCAUUCCUGCCGCGAAAAGAAGCUAUACUGUUCAGAGUUUUUCCAGUCCCCAGGAGAGAUUUGUCGAGUACGAGAAAAUCGAACUGAGCGAUGUAUCGACUCCUAAUCCCAACCCGGCGCCGACAUUCGGUCAGCCCCUCGAGAUGCCCAAAGAAGCAAUCCGCAAAGGAUUUUGGCCAAACUCGCAUAAGCUACUGCCUCAUUUGGCUGCCAGUGCCGUCACGGUCGCAGUUGUCCAGCUGAGUUUCCGCAAUCGCUACUGGAUGGACUUGAUGGAUCCAAAUGUCCAAAUUCUGCCUGGCAUCACCCAGGGCGGCGCAAUGAACGCCCUCCAGCUGGCGGCGAAGCUCCAUGAGUUGAUUUUGGUUGCUUCAUUGGGGACCAUUGUCAUGCAUGUUGCCCAGGCGCACUUGGUUGGCAAUCACGGACUGCCGCUGGGAAUGCUCGCCAACACUUUCGCGAUCGGCUCGGGAGACUAUAUGCGGACAAAGGGCUUCUGGUCUUCGAUUUGGAGUGCGAAGGCGCACUACUGGCGGUUUGGGCUGCUCUCCGUGCUUGCCACCAUCCUGGCAACGUUGGCUGGUCCGUCUUCUGCCAUUGCAGUCAUCCCAUCUCUCAAUUGGUUCAGCGUCGACAAGCCUUUCGACAAUGACGUGUUACCCUUCUACAUCUUCAACGAGAGUACUGUCCUAUGGCCAGACAACGUGACCGGCGCCAGUGAGAAUGCUCCCAAUUCGGGCAUCGACUGCGUUACCGCUGCGAUAACGACGACCGAACAAGACGCCUGUCCCGCUGGCGGCUUCAGAGACACCUACAGCUGGGCGGGCAAUCUGCUGUUUUCCAACUCCAGCGCCGGUUCCAAUAUCAGUUUUCCUGACGCCCGUGGGGAUACUCGGAGGGUGCUGUCAACGCAGAGUUGUGCCAGCGACUUUGACGGCAGAGCGUCUGGCGUCUCGUUGAACAGCUUCAUCAGCGGAGCAUUGACGGCUUAUUGGACAUUUGCUCAGAACAACUGGCAGGGCCUUGCUCUUACUACGGCACAACCUAAGCUCAGCCUCCCCGGGCCCAUCUACGCGCCCAAGGUCGAAGUCAUGUGCAACGGCUUUGACUAUUACAACGUCUCGGAGGUCGAAGCUCGGACCCAUGUCAACUUUCCCAGUUUCACACCGGACAAGCAGCUUCCAAGUCCGGACUACAUCUUGCCGUACCACAGUACGCUCAAUGACACGACGUUUGACUGGGUUCAGAUGCCCGCGGGAACCGACAAUCCGGCCAUCGGCGCGGCGGUUAGAGUUCCUUGGGAAUACAUCGAAGUGGACGACGACAACCAGCUGAGGCAAGCAACAGAGAUUCAUGCCUGUAGCAUCUAUGCCCAAUGGGUUCCCGUCGAUGUAUUCUACGAACCGCGGACUAGCGACCAGGUUGCAUUCAACGUCAAAGGGGAGUUGACAAACACUUGCCUUUCGAGCAUGCCUCAUGAAAAGGCCGCUGUCCAUCAACCAGUCAAGAACAUGACCAUCGACAUGGCCUUCGCUAACGCCAUUAACCAGAACAUUACUUUUGUUACAGGUCCCGUCCCAGCUAUCGUCGGCAUGCUUAACCAAGCAGUCUUCCCAGACGACCGAGUUACGGACCAAGUGCUCAACGCUUUCAAAUCGCCAUUUGUCGGAAGUGCAAAGACAGGCGCCAAUGCGAAUCUCACAGAUGACGAGGUCCGACAGAGCCGUGCCACGAUGAUAUCAACCAUCUUAGCGGGCGUCAUUACCGAUGGUCUGGCCCGCAUUGCUGGCAACGGACUGUACCCGUACUCCGCUUCCAUGUUCCUGACCAACGAGACCCAGGAUGGAAGUCUUGUGGGCCGGUUCCCCGUCAGCAGUGCACAGGGCGGUGAAGACACCGUUUUGAACUCCACUGCGGCCGACACGCGCAACUGGCUUCGCAUUGACCCCGUGUUUGAGCGCUACGGGUACGGCUAUCGCUGGGAAGGCUCCAAGACCGUACAAUUCGGCAUCAUUGUCCUUUUGAUUCAUGUCGCCAUUGCGGCCAUCCAUUCGUUAUUCCUCAUCUACAAAGUCGUGAUCCAGAAGGAGGGGCUGGUGGCCGCCUGGACCACAGUCGCAGAGUUGAUCACGCUCGCGAUGAAUUCGAGCCCUUCACCGAGGUUGCAAGACACCUGCGCAGGUGUCAUGGCGGCGAAAACGUGGAGGCAGGUCGUCACCGUGAGGGAGACGUAUCCAGGUCAUUUGGAGAUGGUGGUCGGUCCUGAGGAGAAGGCCAAGCACCCGCAACCACAGGCAGGGAGGUAUUAUGGCCACGUAGCUGAAAAGCGAGAUAUCCUUGACGAAGGGGAAGCCUGA